CAACCCAGUCUGAAGAUUAUUUUUUUUUUUGUGUGUGGGGGAAACCGGCUGUAGCGGACAUGUAGCUAGUGCAUUACGACCGCUCUGUGUUUGAAUCAAUCAUACAUUUUUUUUAUUACUUGAGUGUAUCUUAUCCAGUAAAUUGACGUAAAAGGACGAGGUUGCUAAGUUGCUCGCGUUCUAUCACUGUAGCUAGUUCGUGUGCGAUGAUUUUGUCGGUUUAGCCAUCUUCCUAGCUGCUGACAGUGGUCUGAAGGCUGCUGUUCUGUUGCGGUGGUGAGCUACCCGAAGAAGCGGCCCUGACCAUAACGUUAACUAGCUGGCUUUAUCCAAGUGUCUGUUAGUCGACGAACUCGGACGUUGCAUUGGAUUGUCUGCGCAUUGCUGGCUGGCUAGCUAGCUACCUAACUUCAGCUGGCUAAACAGAGCGGAAAGGCAUCUGUCAUAUGCAGAUAUGACAGCCAACUAGCUAGCUAGCCAGCUACCUUCGCUUUUUAUCCAUGGAAUACAAAUGGGUUUCUUUUUGGAGUAUGGACCUACGAUUGAUGGCGUGCCUUUGAGUCUACGGUAACCCACGAUAGUUGUAAUAAGAAAAGCAUCGAAUGCAAAAGUAUUGAAAGCAAACCUCCAUUAUGGAUUUCAGCAAAUCGUUGACCUUGUGGAUUGCAUGCUUAUGCCUCCUGGGGGAAAGCUGGAUGGUACAAGCCAGCUCAGACCACCAUAUUGAUAAUGGUGUGUCAGAACUCUGUCGCAUCGAUGAGCCUCGGUGCCACGAUGAAAAUACCAUCCUCAGCUUCGAGGCCAUCCGCAGUAUCCACAAGCAGAUGGAUGACGAUGCUAAUGGCAAUGUGGAUGUGUCAGAGACGGACGGGUUCCUGAGGGAGGACCUGAACUACCACGAUCCCAAAGCCAAGCACAACAGUUUCCAUGGAGACGACCAGUUCAUCAGUGUGGAAGACUUGUGGAAUACCUGGAAGGGUUCUAAAGUGUACAAUUGGACAGUGGACGAUGUGGUGUUGUGGCUCACCCACGUGGAGCUGCCGCAGUAUGUGGAUGCCUUCCGCAAGAUGCACUUCAACGGCACGAUCAUGCCCAGGCUGGCUGUGAAGAACGCCACUCUGACGGUGUCCAUUCUGAAGAUGCUGGAUCGUAGCCAUGUUCAGAAGCUGCAGCUCAAGGCCUUGGACACUGUGCUGUUUGGAGCCCCACUCAUGAACACUCAUAACCACCUGAAGGACUUCAUGCUGGUGGUGUCCAUCGUGAUCGGCAUUGGAGGCUGCUGGUUCGCCUACAUCCAGAACCGUUACUCCAAGGACCACAUGAAGAAGAUGAUGACGGACCUGGAUGGUCUACAGAGGGCUGAGCAGAGUCUGCAUGAUCUUCAGAAGAAGCUGCAGAUAGCCCAGGAGGAGCACCGUACAGUAGAGGUGGAGAAGGUGAACCUGGAACAGAAGCUGAGGGAUGAGAUCAACUGUGCCAAGCAGGAGGCCCAGCGGCUGAAGGAGCUCCGCGAGGGCACCGAGAACGAGCUGAGUCGGCAGAAAUACGCCGAGGAGGAGCUGGACCAGGUGCGCAUGGCCCUGAAGAAAGCCGAGAAGGAGCUGGAGUCUCGCUGCAGCUGGUCCCCACCAGAGUCCCUCCAGAAGUGGCUCCAGCUCACCCAUGAGGUGGAGGUGCAGUACUACAACAUCAAGAAGCAGAACGCUGAGAAGCAGCUACUGGUGGCGAAAGAAGGGGCAGAGAAGAUCAAGAAGAAGAGGAACACCAUAUUUGGGACCUUCCAUGUGGCACACAGCUCCUGUCUGGAUAAUGUGGAUCACCAAAUUCUGACAGCCAAACAAGCCCUGGGUGAGGUGACUGCUGCUCUGAGGGAGAGGCUGCACCGCUGGCAGCAGAUUGAGAUUCUGACUGGGUUCACCAUCGUCAACAACCCUGGGCUGUCCUCCCUGGCCUCCACCCUGAACCUUGACCCCAGCAUCAUGGGUGGCCGGGCCACGCCCCAGCACUUCAUUAUGUCUGAUGACAUGGAUGACAUGGACGAGGACAUCAUAUCGCCCGGAACUCUGCAAUACACCAACUGCCUCAAGGACCGGCGAGCCAGUGAUCUGUGGUCCAUGGGUUCUGGCAGCCAGUCCCUCAGGAAAUACUCUGCUCCCAGUAUGAUGUCCCUGCGUCAGCGCCACAUGGACUCCCAGCUGGCCAUGGGCUCUCAGAGGGAUCUGAACCGCUCAGACUCAGACUCCUCCCUGUCCCUCUCCCAAAUCGGUGAUCGUCUGUCCGCCUACAGCUCCAAGGGCCACCUGGUGAAACCCACCCCCUUACUGUAUGGUCCCCCUGUCCGCUCCGCCUCCGACGAGCCCUCCCUGCAUGCCCACACACCUAAUGGAGGGAACCGUGUCCACGAGGGAGGAGCCCAGACCGAGCCAGUCCCCGAGAGCCCCAUCCUGAUGAAGAAGGUGUACAGCAUCGAGAAAUCAGCCAGCCUGGGAGAGAUGGACGUUGGCCUCAUCGGUAUGACCAUGUCAGAGUCCUCCUGCUCCCUCAGCCUCAACUCCACCGAUGCCGACACCCCCUCCCCCACGGGGGGCCAGCCUGGGGCUGCAGGGGCCAAGGGAAGCAGCCGUAUCCCUCAACUCUCCUCCAAGAAGAGCCCUCUGGAGGAAGACAGCGGCUCCACGGGAGAAGACACAGACUCCGUCGCCAGUCGUAAGAAACACACCUUCAAGAUCUUCAAAAAACAGAAGAAAUAAUGACAAGGGUUACUGAAGACUUUUAAAGAGCGAUUAAAGGUGUUGCACUUAUUAUUAUUUCUGUUUUGGAAAACUUGUUUUGGGUUGUUCACUGGUCACAAGCGAUGGUGCAAAUCUUUGCCUUUAGGGUUUUCUAGGUACUUUCUCUGAGGCACUGUGGGAGCAAGCAGCUAUUCGGUGAUGUUUGCAAUGGGUGGUGUUGUACAGUGGAAUGUAAGCACUAUUUAUUUAGCAGGAAAGUGUGCCAGUCGCUCAGAGGGAAACAAGUCUCCUGGGUGGAUGUCUUCUGUUUUACUUCAACCUGUAUCAGUUUGCAUGUCUUCACCUUUGUUUGACUGAUAUUUUCUGGAUUCUCUUAGGUGUGUGCUUGGUUCUUGUCCUUAUUCUGCUUAGACAACACUUAAAAACUCAGCUGUUUCUUGUCGUUAAUCCCCGACCAACUCCUUGUUAUGUGUCAGAUGGACAUUGAGCACUUAAUGCCAGUCAGUGUUGGUCAAUGGUGAGGGGAUGGGGGGGGGGCUGAAAAGGGCUGAACAAUACUUGCAAAAACUUCUCGAGUCAAUUGUGCUAACAAGAAAUCUAGUAGUCAAUGUUAUCACAACUCUUCCAGUACAGCUGCAGACACAGCAAGACGCACACUAGGCAAACAUUUCCCUGGGAUAGAGCACCUUUGCGCGGAAGUGCUAACUUGAUUUAAUCCCCUUGAACACAAAGCUAGGUAGCUGGUGUAACUGCCUUGUCUAUUUGUCCCAAUCAUAGCCCUGAUCUAAGUUCCCUAAUAGAGGUUAUUAAAAUGACUACUUGAACUAUAUAAAUUUCGUAUCAAUGUAUGUUUAUUGAAGUAAACCUCUACAUUUGCAAAUUGCCUACCAUAUCAAUCUAUGUUGUAAUUGUAGGAGAUAUCACGUGAAUCGUUAGGAGUGCUGUAGGAGACGCUAAUCUUUUGAAGUGCCAAAACAAAGACUCUGGUCCAGUGGCCUUUAUUCUUGUCAACAACUAUAUAUGUACUGUCUGUUGUAAGUGAGAGGCAGCUUUCGAAUGAGUAGCACUGCCUUCUGUUUUUAUCUGGGGACUAAAAUCAGGUGAUCAAUUUGACAUGGUCACCCACAACAUUUCAAGCAGGGAGUUGCAGGCAGCAUUUGUAAUUCGAAGACUCCCAAGUUGUGUGUUGAGCAUUUUUGAGGUGUUUGCUACUUUAGCUUGGACUGUAGACUACCCAGAUCACCUAGAUCCACAUUAUACAGCUCCAGAGUCAAUGCACACAGUAAUGGUAUCUAUAGGUCACCAUUAUAAACUCACUUGCCAUUAUUGGUUUUGUGAAAGCACAAAUGGUUUAGAAACAGAUGUCACAAUGCAUGCUGGUAGUAGGGACUCUCCUAAUAACUUCCUAAACAAUUGAUCUGCUCGACUGCUCCUGAAUCUGAUAACCAAAGCAGUGCUGCUAAUGACACCAUUGCCCCCCAAUGGAGGCCUCACACAAGCGAGAUUGAUGGUAUGGAUGAAAAAGAAAUGUCAUAUUCUUUCAUUGAUCAGUUGAAAACAUGAACUUCCUAUUGGUACUUUUUAAAGUGUAGUUUGUACCUCUUCUGCACGAUGAAGCUGUAGUAUGGAUUAUGAUGUCUGUCUGUUGCCAGGAUACUGCACUGAGUUGUUUUGAUGCAUGUCAGCUACUGUAUUAACGUCUGUAAUGGGCUUGAGGCAGAGGUCAGCUCGAGCAUCAUCUCUGUUCACCCCUACUUACACCCCAACUUCUCAUUUUGAGCUUCUAUUUAUGAAUACAUAUAUUUGUACAGAGAAAAACAAAUAUUUUGCAUCUUCUGUGGCGUUCUCUCGACUUUUAUGGCACUCCUGCAUGAUAGCAAUAAACUAUUUUGAAUGAAAGACA